AUGCCAGCUGAUCUGGCUGCUCCUGCAUCUGUGCCAGCAGUCGUGCCUGUUCCCGCUUCGGUGCCAAUGCUUCUGCCAGCAGCCUCUGAGGACAAAACUGCUUCCGGACCUACCUUCCCUGCUACUGAAUCUGCUUCGGCUUCUGAUCCUGGCGACCCUCUGGCUUUGGCUUCUGAUCCUGGCGACCCUCUGGGUUCAGCUUCUGAUCCUGGCGACCCUCUGGGUUCGGCUUCUGAUCCUGGUGACCCUCUGGCUUCGGCUUCUGGUCCUGGUGACUCCUUUGUUCUGGCUCCAGGGAUGUCUCAGAUGUGGUUCCUAGACUUGAUUUUAACAUUAUCUAAAUUUCUUUUUGCAUGUGACUGGGAUGUUACUGCAGCUGACAAGGAAGGAAGACUUGAACAAAUGGUCUCAGAAAAUAAAGAAAAUAUUUCAGAAUUCAUCAUCCAAGGGUUCUCUGAUACUCCUGAGCUUCAUAUCUCUCUUUUUGUGCUAUUCCUUGGAAUCUAUCUCAUCAUUCUGCUGGGAAAUCUCAUCAUAUUCUUAGUCAUUUCAUGCAAUCCUCACUUACACACCCCCAUGUACAUAUUCUUGCUGAACCUUUCACUCAUAGACAUUUCUUCCACCUCAAACAUUUUACCUAAUUUGCUACAUAUUCUUCUCACACAACAAAAUAACAUUUCAUUCUUGGGGUGUAUGACUCAAAUGUAUGUUUUUGUGGCCUUGGCUGCCAGUGAGUACUUUCUCCUGACGGCCAUGGCAUAUGAUCGUUAUGUUGCCAUCUGUGAUCCCCUUCAUUACAUUGCCCGAAUGAGCAGGAAACACUGUGCUGGGCUUAUAACUGCAGCAUUCACUGGUGGGUUUGUUGAACCAUCGAGCAUUGUAGUACUUAUACCUAAACUAUCAUAUUGUGCUUCCCAUCUUAUUAACCAUUUUUUCUGUGAUGUCACACCAUUGCUAAAACUUUCCUGCAGCAGCACUUUUAGUGUGGAACUUUUCAUUUACAUUGAAGGGACAUUGCUGACUUUCAAUGCCUUCCUCCUUACUCUGGCCUCAUACAUAUUUAUCAUCUCUGCUAUCCUGAAAAUACAAUCCUCAGAGGGGAGACAAAAAGCCUUUUCUACCUGUGCUUCUCACCUGGCCUGUGUGAUAACCCUUUAUGGGACAGGAUUUUGCCUGUAUGUGAGACCCACCACAAGUUAUUCCCUAAAAAGAGACAAGUAUUUCUCACUGCUGUACAUUGCCCUGGGCCCUGUGCUAAAUCCUCUUAUUUACACACUGAAAAAUAGAGAAUUUCAAUCUUCUUUUAAUAAAGUGAGGCAAAGACUUUUAGUUUUUGUAUUCUAA